AGAAAGAGGGGUUCCACUUGUCUUCGGCUUUGGAAGGUGCACGUAAAUAGCCAGAGGAACCUUCUGGUCACUUUAGUAUUGUCGCGUUGAUUUGGCCAAUAAGAUGGCGCGAGUGCGGAAGUCGGCUUUUUUUCUACUGUGCACAUCGACAGUUUUGGGGGUUGUUGGGGCACAGUUUUUCAAUGGAGCGCUACAACAGCCGCAGCAACCAUUCGCACAGCAACAAGAGCAGCAGCUGUCGCCGCAGCAACAGCGUCACAUUCUGAGCGACGUGCAGCAGCAUCAGCAUCGCUUUGAUCUGCAGCAGCGCGGCAACAAUGGCAUCCCGCAACCGCAGCUGUUCAUCAGCCGAAACAAGAAGCUGCUGGCUCAGAGCGGCUUGUUCGGGCAGCAGCUUCAGCAGCAGUAUCUGAGCCAGGCUCAGCCGCCGGUUUACCAGCGGGCCAUUUUGCCCACUCCCCAAGCGCAGCUGUCGAACCCCCAGAACUUCUUCCCGCAGCCUCAGAAGAACUCCGUUGUUUUCCCUUCUAUUCCACCCAGCAUCGGAACACCAUCGGCACCAGUGGUUCAGCACCAUACCCAAACCAGCUUCACGCCCAGCUACAGCAACCAAGUAACUCACCCCAACCAGUUCCUCAACACGCGGCCAACGGCCGAUCCAAUCGAAGUGAUCAAUGAGCAGAUCAGACAGCUGGAUCCUGAGCAGAACAAGCAGCGGAUCAAGGAGCUUCAAGAAAAAAAGGCCAUCAUCGAGAAGCACAAUCAGUUCGUGGAAAAACAGUACGAAAAGGCGCUGAAAAAGGCCCAGCAGGAGCACCAGGAGUUCCUCAAAGACCAAAGAGAGCAAAGGCAAAAGCUGUACGAAACAGUGGCAACGUCGGGCGAAGGGCUGGCCGUUCGCUACUCGAAGCCCCUGCCCAGAUUCAUCUACCCGGAAGAGGCCCCGCUGUUCCAAAAGUCCUUGAAACAGUACUUCUUGGAGCAUCCCACUACCACCACCACUACCACCACCACCACCACCACCACUACAACCCCCAAACCGACCACAACCAGAAAGACGGCGAAAAAAUCCAACCAAAAGCCCUCAUUUCUGCCAACGAUUGUCCCCAAUACUCAAAGCUCUAGGGCCAAGUCGAUUCAGUCCUUGGACGAUCUGGACAGCUUGAAGAAACAGUACAAAAGCCAACAGAUCAACAGGGAGGAUCUCCUCGCGCAGCUGAGGGCUGCGAUUGGGGCCUCCGUCCAAGACGAACUACCGAAGAAUCUUUCUUCCAGAGAAGUGUCGCUGGCCAAUGGCAAAAAGGUGCAGCUGAUUGAAGAUGUGGAUCCGAAGCUGAUUCCCCAGGGCAAAGAGGAGGAGAUUACCCUGCCUAAUGGCGACAAGGUUAUCGCCAUCAGGGCCGACCCCAAUCUACUGCCAAGGCCCUCGAAGUCUGUGGAAAAAGGCGAUGAAAUCACCCUGCCCAGUGGGCAGAAAGUCAAAGUUAUCGCAAGCAGCAAGGAGGGACGCGAACUCAGCGGACUGUCUGGGGAAGAAAUCACUUUACCUGACGGCCAAAAGGCAGAAAUCUUCAAAACCAGCUCCACCUCCUCGAACCCGUCGUACAAAACGCAAGAAAUCACCCUCCCCAACGGCCAAAAAGUGGAAGUGAUUCGAACAACCGACCCCAAAUUGGUGCCAGGUGGCGUCCCAUUGGAACCAGGAAGCGAUUUAGAAAAACUCGUUCUUGCCAAGACCACAACUGUGAAACCUCCCACUGCAGUGUUUGAUGAGCUGACCAAAGACGUGGUCCCACCUGGAACCGACUUCCAGCUACUGAAAUCCGAUGCCAGUGGCAGUCUGGAAAGCAUCAAAGCCCCCAGCACCAUCCCCGAUCAGAAGAAAGUGACCUUCGUGCUGCUGGAAGAGCAGAGCGACGGCAGCCUGAAGGUGCAGGGAGUGAAGGGAAAUGGCAAGGAGAAACCGGAUGUGGACUUGGACUCGAUUUUGAAGAAAAUCAAGGCCGGGGAAAUCAGACUACCGUCCACCACCUUAAGUCCGCCUACCACUGUGACCACAACAGCAAGGCCCACCUUUGCAACCAGCCCGAAAACAAUCUCAGUCACCGUCACUCCCAACUCCUUUGCCACUGAUGAGGACGCCAGCUUUGCCCCUACCGGGACACUUCUGAGCACCUUCUCCACGUCGGCAGAGGCGGAGACUUUUCCCGUUCUGAGCACCAGCGCUGGAGGCACGUUCCCCAGCAGCUCAUUACCAACGAGCAGCGCCUACACCACUGCCAGGGACAUCCACACGUCUAGUCGAAGCACUACGCCGAACUCGAUUUUUGAAAAUGACUUCAGCCAGACAACUGGAAAACUGUCCAGCCAAGACCAAUCAAAGCAGGCCUCCUCUAUUUCCACCAGCAACCAAAACUCCAUCCUAUCAGAGCCCAGCCCGACGAUUGCAACUGAGGAACAGCCCAAACCGACCGAAUACAUCGUAAAAUCGCAUUCGCAGCCCCCAUCUGACCCAACGCACUUACCCGAACUUACCGCCGUGCUGAAAUCCAAUGGUCUUUAUGCAAUGGCAAGAUUCCUCAAGCAAUCCGGCCUGGAUACUGUUCUGAACGAUACUGGGCCUUAUACAGUGUUUGCGCCUACUGAUAAGGCUUUCCGGACCUUGCUGGUCCAGCUGGGAGGCCCAGAGCGGGCCGAGGAGAAGUUCAAGGAGAAUCCCCGGCUGCUCAGUGGGUUGCUGUUACAUCACGUCAUUCCGGGGGCUUUUUCCAUAUCGAGUCUACAGGAUGAAAUGACCGGCGUGUCUUUGGCGGGCACUCAAUUGAGGGUCAAUCAGUACAACAUGCACGACAAUGAGUGGAAUGAUGUGAAGGUUACCACAAUAAACGGAGCUCGAGUGAUUGAAGAGCAACAAGACCUGCCCAUCCCGCAAGGAAUCGCCCACUCUAUAGACAGAGUGAUGUUCCCGCUUCCGGUAGGAGACCUGGUUCAGACCAUGCAGGCUGAUCGAGAGCGCCGAUUUACCUCCUUUCUACGAGCGGUGUUCGCCUCCGGUUUUGCUGAGAUGCUUCAAGGGCCCAAAUCCAUCACGCUUUUUGCGCCUACCGAUAAAGCCUUUGCGGCUCUGAGUCCGGAGGAUCUGACCAAAACCGUUACUGAUCCAGCCCUGGCCAAGGAACUGGUGCUCAGACAUCUGAUCAAUGGGGCGUUAUACACGAACGGCAUGCGGUACUAUCAAGUCAAGGACAGUCUUCAGAAGGACUCGCAAAUUACCAUCAGCAAACAUUCUGGCAAAACCAAAGUGAACAAUCAGCAUUUGGGCACCCCGAAUAUUCCGGCCACAAACGGAGUGAUUCACGCGAUUGACGCCCUGUUAUGAUCAUUCUGAACUGUGUCAUAUCCUGAAGCCGGCACUGUCUUUUUGUAUAUAUUGCGCCCUUAAUGUACAUAGAUCCAGCCGAAAAAAACUUUGGUAGAAGGCCACAAUACCUUUCUAUGUCCGAGGGUAUUAAGUUAUUGAGCUAUUUUUAAGCGCUGUAAUAUAUUAGGAGCUAAGUGUAUAGUGUUUUUUUACUGAAUCUUUUCCAUUAUAAAUUGAUAAUACAGUAAA